AUGGCCUCCAUCUUCAACCACCUCCCGCCCUUCCUCGCGCGCCUCGCGCGCCCCCUCGCCCAGCCCGUGCGCGGCCUGUCCGUCGCCCCCGACGCCUCCUCGUCGUCGCACGCCCCCGGCGAGAUCCCCGCCGGCGCCCAGCGCUGCACCGUCGCCGCCGGCUGCUUCUGGGGCACCGAGGCCCUCUACCGCCGCCACUUCGCCGGCAAGGGCCUCCUCGACUGCAAGGUCGGCUACAUUGGCGGUAACCUCGAGGACCCGAGCUACCGCGCCGUCUGCGGCGGCAAGACUGGCCACGCCGAGGCCGCGCAAAUCAUCUUCGACCCCUCCGUCGUCUCCUACACCGCCCUCCUCGAGUUCUUCUUCCGCAUGCACGACCCCACGACGCUCAACGCCCAGGGCCCCGACACGGGCCCCCAGUACCGCUCCGCCAUCUACUUCCACGACGCCGACCAGGAGGCCGCCGCCCGCCGCGUCCUCGCCGCCGCAAACGACCAGUGGUGGGGCGGCCGCGUCGUCACCGAGCUCGCCCCCGCCGGCAGGUGGUGGACCGCCGAGGAGUACCACCAGGAGUACCUCGACAGGAACCCCGGCGGCUACGAGUGCCCCAGCCACUACCUCAGGCCGUUCCCGCCGCUCAAGUACUGA